AUGGUCGAUGAACCGACGACAUCCUCUUACGGCACGGUAACCACUUGGGAACAUAAGGACCAAACCAGUUACGUAGCUUGGCUCCAAGCUUUAGCCAUAGUCGCUGUCAACAGUACAUGCACUUUGAUGUGGUGUACGGGAGCCGGCGCUCCUGGCAGUGUGUCAAUAUGGUUAGACGUAUCAUUGACCAAAGUCAACUGGCUUUCCAACGCUUCCGCUAUAUUCAAUACCAUCUUCUCUUUGGUCACAGCCUGGUUUUAUGAACGUUUUGGAUUGAAGAAAUCUAUCAUGCUUGCUGCAUGCAGCAAUAUGAUUGGUUGCUGGAUUAGAUGCAUAGCGAUCUGGCUUCCUGUAGAAAAGCGUUACAGCAUGCAUUAUGGUUUGCACCGCAUCACCGUGGCAUGGCCAACACACUCGUCACUUUUCGGUAUUGCGAUUCUGUCCACGGCGGCUGCCGUACCUACCGUAUUUUUGCCGAUAAAGCCUAAAAUAGCGGCAUCGGUCACGGCUUUAGCGGACCGCUUACCGUUUUGGACGGCCGUUAAACAGCUGGCUCGAAUUCCCGCUUUUUGGUGCGUGGCCUGGUUAAGUUCGAUUGUGAUGGGCAUGACCUUUUCUAUUUCGGUGCUUAUCAUGGAAGCAAUCGUGCCUUACGGUUAUACCGAACAACAAGCCGGUGUGUGUGCGGCGGUGAUUGUUCUCCUGGGGUUCCUGGGUGGAGUUAUACCCAAUGCCUUUUCAGUCAUUCUCGCCGCUUGCGCACUCAAUGGAUUUCUUUCUUAUGCUUUGAUUCCUAUCUACCUCGAAUUAGCCAGUGAAAUGUCUUACCCGAUCCCUGAAUCCAUCAGUGCAUGCAUCAUUUGGUCGUUUGCCACGCUAUUCAUGUUGAUUUUCUCGGUGAUCAUUGAUAUGCUUAGAGCAGGGCCAGAGGCAAUACCGCCCUACAACAUGGACAAGUCCAUGAUCGCAGCGGCGGCCAUGAUGCUGGUCAGUUCUAUACCAUGUAUUUGGUUAAAAGGAGAUCUGAAACGAUUAUCAUUUGAUCGACAAUGA